AUGACACAGCAGCAACGACUAAAUAAGAUGGUCAAGUCGAUUUUUCCGGAAAAUCGCGACGUGGCGGUGGUGAUGAACGACGAGACCUGUCUUACCCUGGAUGGAUCGACUGCCGAUGGAGAAGAUGAAAGUAGUGCAUCGAAAAGGAGGAGAUCGAGAACGAAUUUUAAUUCGUGGCAGUUAGAAGAAUUAGAACGAGCUUUUUCCGCCAGCCACUAUCCUGAUGUAUUCAUGAGGGAAGCACUAGCGAUGCGAUUAGACUUGAAGGAAAGCAGAGUAGCGGUAUGGUUCCAAAAUAGAAGGGCAAAAUGGAGAAAAAAAGAACACACAAAAAAAGGCCCCGGAAGACCCGCCCACAAUGCGCACCCGCAGUCCUGCUCAGGGGAACCUAUACCACCUAAUGAAUUGCGAGCCAGAGAAAAAGCUCGACGGAGAAAAAAGUUGGCUAAAGCGUUAGAGCGCCAAGCUAGAAAAUUACGAGCUAAAGGCAUUGCAGUAGAUUUGGAAGCGCUUAAAGCAGAAUAUCUGUCCCAGCAUCGUCAUAACUCUAGCUCUGAUAGCGAAGCUGGCGAUGACGACGAUGACGAUGAGGAUCCGAUCGAUGUAGUCGGCGGAGCAGAAUCUAAUGAAACACCAGAAGACUGUUUAAUGGAUAGGAGAGACAGUAUCGAUGAUGCUCUGGAUGAAAAUACCGAUACGCAUAGGAAUAGUAUGAGGCCAAAUCCGUUUAGCAUAGAAUCACUACUAUACAAUAGUACGUGA